AUGCCAGUUCUCAUCCAGCAAUUGCGUACUGUCUCUUUAGUUACAUUUUGCCAACCAAUACUUGCAAAGUUGAUUCGCAUGUUUGAGCAAAAUUUCUUUAUUGCAAACAGACAAAAAGACAGCGCCGAACUACAGUUUGACAAUUGGCUGAGUACUAUAUACUUGCCUGUCAAAGAAAACCUACACGAGCCAAUUGAAGAAGCACUGAAGCUUAUCGCCAGCAGACUACCGGGCGCGCUCAGAAGAUUACAGAAUGCUUAUCGCCAGCAGAUUAACGGGCGCGCUAGAAGCUCUAUAAACAAUGCGCCAUCGGAAGAAGACAAAUUCACACAACAAAUGAUGACAGCUUUACCGUUUUCCUUGACAAAGUAA